AGUUCCCUUUGGCUCGCACGUAGCACCAGCGCUGCCGCGCCCUUGCCCUGGCCACCAUGCCCGCCGAGUCCGUGUACAUCCCGCCGCUGUCAAGUCCUUCCUUGGACCUCAGCAAGAAACACUACAUCGUCACGGGGGGCACCCAAGGCCUCGGGCUUGAGAUCGCGCGGCAGCUGAAGGCGCUGGGCGCCGCCCGGGUGGCCCUCCUGUCGCGCAGCCGCGACAAGGGGGAGGCAGCGGCAGCUGAGCUGAGCAGCGAUGGUUGCAAGGCCGUCUUCGUCCAGGCGGACAUGGCGGACCCGUCUUCGGUGAUUGCGGCGGCCGCAGCCUCCAUUGAGGCUCUGGACGGCGUUGUUCACGGGCUGGUAAACGCCGCGGGGACCACGGAGCGGGGAAAUCUGUUGGACACCACGCCCGAGAUGUUCGACAAGCAGUUCGACAUCAACACGCGCGCCCCGUUUUUCUUGACCCAGGCCCUUGCGAAGCACUGGAUCGCACAGAAGUCACCUGGGGCCGUCGUUAACAUCAGCUCUGUCGCAGCCAAGGGCGGCGCGCCGUUCAUCAGCGCGUACUCUGCAUCCAAGGCCGCUCUGAACGUGCUCACCGCGAACAACGCUACCGAGCUGGCGCAGUACGGAAUCCGCGUGAACGGCAUCAACAUGGGCUGGACGCUGACGGACAACGAGAACGACCUCAUGGUCAAGAAGGGAGGCGAGGACUGGCUCAAGGAGGCCGAGCCUGGGCUGCCCCUGAAGCGGAUCAUGCGCCCGGUGGACGUCGCCUGCAAGGUGUGCUUCCUGCUUAGCCCCGCUGCCGAGAUGAUGACGGGCACCACGCUGGACCUCCACCCAGAGAUCGCCCUGGGGAUGCUGUCUACCAAGGCCGAGGACAGCUUGAACCGGUGAGGGCGCUCCCGAAGGCCUGCAGCGGGUUCGCGCAGGAUCGCGCAAGUCCUGACGCUUCGCGCAUCCCUACCAGCCCAUCCUGGAGCAAUGCCCAGGCGAGCUGCCCGUAUCCGGGGGAGCACUUGGGAGUCUUAUUAGACGUGAGGUCUUUCUUGGUGGCUUCUGAGAUGAUCCUGAGCAGUCCCCAUGGAGUCAGUUCUUCCACGGCUCUAGGACUUGCCAUUAUUUCACUCUUCAUCGUGCCAAGGGGCGCAGUGGCGGAUCAGAAUCUUACUGUGUACGCGGGGUAGUCGGAGCCGCGCAUCUGUGACCGCACUUGCUGUCUUCAGGUUGUGGCCGCGCCCCAUACCAAUUUUAGAUUUUCGUGGCGCAUGCCCAAUUUCUCAUUGCGCGCGUGCACUUUGCACGCGCCAGGUAGCGAAUGUUGUGGGGAGGCGUAGGGGCAGCACGGCGUUUGCGUUUCCGUAGCCGUCGGCCACUUUCCGUAUCCGUCGACCUGGUCGGAGCCACUGCAGCUCCGUCCUGCCCCCUAGGCGUGUCCCGCCCGCCUUUCCAGCAUGAUCUGAAGGGUGGGGUUUUGUGUGGGUCGCGGCGGUGCACCCGAGAGACAGAAGCGCAGGAACGCCAGCCCGUCUCGAA